AUGGUAGAUGUCAAUAAAGUUCUUCAACCUUGGCAGAUAGUAGAUCGCUUUAGGGAUAACACCAAUUGUCGGAUUGUUGCAACAUCAACAGAGACAGUGCCACGGGUUGCACCGGUGGUCAGGUGCGAGGUGGCGGCUAAAGCAAUGUCGGUUGAGUCAAGGGGCAUGGAUAGAGCCUUCGUCCUCCUCCCUGAAUCCUCUCCUGCCCAUUCUCUUCUCCUCCAUUUCCUCUCCUCCCUCCUCCUCUCCCUCUCUCUGCCAAUGACCAAGAAGGUCGGAGACAUUAGCAUGGCGGCCCGGGCGGUGGCCAUCCCUCCGGCACUCCUCCUCCUGCUCUUCUCCCUCGCCAGCCCCGCCGCAGCUAAUCUCUCCACCGGUUACUACCAGAAGACGUGCCCCAAGGCGGAGCAGAUCAUAUCGGACGUGGUCACCGGGAAGCAGAUCUCCACCCCGACCACCGCCGCCGGCUCCCUCCGGCUCUUUUUCCACGACUGCUUCGUGGGGGGCUGUGACGCCUCCAUGCUCAUCUCCACCAACGCCUUCAACCGGGCCGAGCGCGACGCCGACGACAACAUCUCUCUCCCCGGCGACGCCUUCGACACCGUCAUCCGCGCCAAGACCGCGCUGGAGCUGCAGUGCCCCGGCGUGGUCUCCUGCGCCGACGUGCUCGCGCUGGCCACCCGCGACCUGGUGCUCAUGCUCGGCGGGCCGUUCUACACCGUGCGCCUCGGCCGGAAGGAUGCGCUGGCCUCCACCGCGGCCUCCGUCCCCGGGAACCUGCCGAGCCCCAACAUGACCGUGGACCAGCUCAUCGACGUAUUCGCCAAGAAGAAGAUGACGGUGCAGGACAUGGUGGCGCUCUCCGGCGCUCACACCGUCGGCUUCUCCCACUGCAACCAGUUCGCCUCCCGCGUCUUCAACUACGACGGCAGCGGCGGCCACGACCCGACGAUGAACUCCGAGUACGCGGCGGCGCUGCAGCAGGCGUGCGCGAACUACGAGAAGGACUCGACGAUCGCGGCGUUCAACGACCUGAUGACGCCGGGGAAGUUCGACAACCUGUACUACCAGAACGUGCUCCGGGGGCUGGGGCUGCUGGCGUCCGACUCCGCGCUGGCGGCCGACAAGCGGACGCGGCCCCUGGUGGAGCUCUACGCCGCCAACCAGACCGCCUUCUUCAACGACUUCACCAAGGCCAUGGAGAAGCUCAGCCUCGUCGGGGUGAAGACGGGCAGAAAGGGCGAGGUCCGCCGCCGCUGUGACGAGUUCAACAGUCUCUCCACUUGA